AUGCCCCCCGUCACAUCCCAGCAGCCAACCAUGAUUCAGUCUCAGUCCGCGACAGCCCCAGCGCACAACUCGGGACGGCUCAAAUACGCCGACCCCCGCGAUCUUCCCAGCUUUCCUUCUACCGGUCUCCGUCCCGAUGGUGCUGCUGCAAGUGCUGCGGCUUCUCUCGGGUGGUCCAACCAGAAACCCAUCGAGCUUUGGAAGCCCGACAAGACGUCUUCGGCCUCCGCGGCGGCCGCUCUAGCAAAGAACUACAAGAUGGCGCCGUCAUGGGAACCAACAUCUAACUCUGCAGGACAGCAGGCGGCACUUUUAGCAGUUGGCUCCGCAAAUGCAGCAAACAAGACGUCGAUCCAACGCAAGUCUCACGAGGGUUGGGGAAGCUCUGCUGCCAACCAGGCAUUCAACACAAAUCGAUCCAACUCGAUCCGACAAGUUCACCAAACGACCUCCAACUCUUCACUUCAGGGCCAGAAGUCUCUCGCCGCUGCCAAAGGAGCCAUGGCAACCACCAGACGCCGCGCUCAGUCCACACCUACAGCCCCUCCUGGCCGCGACCCUCUGAACCCGAGUGCGAGCACACGACCAGAUGCGUUAAGUGGUGCAACUCUGGCGCAUAAAGCCAGUCUCAGGUCUAAGCCAUCGACAGAAAGCGCAGGCGCUGUUCCUAUCACAACCAUGACCCGAAACAUGUUCACCUCUCAUCCUCCCGUCAAGCCAGAGGUGGAUGAACGGAAAACUAACGAGCAACUUCACGCAACUGCUGUCGCAAUGGCACGGAAGAUGUACACACAGCAACAGAGGAUGAUUGACCAGGCCAAGGACAACCAGGGCCAGGAUUCCGACGUGGCACAUCCCAAGCCAUACAUCAAUCUCCAGGACGCCGCUUACAAGCAAGCCCAAGAGCGACUAGCGAAACUUGAAGAAGAACACCAGAAGAACCGAGACCUCCAAGGAUACUAUGGGAAUUCCACCUCGUCUCGACGCAGAUUUAUGUUGACUUCGAAACUGCGACGUCGGUCAUCGAGUGACGGUGACCUCGAUGAUCGGCAACAGUCGGAAAAGAUUCGACAGCAAAUGUCACUCUUUUCAAACAAGCUUUCCGAGGUUGACGAGAAGAAGCGCGCAGAAGAUCGCAACAUACUACUUGCCGCGGCGCAGCGCAACGUCAAGGCUCGGCUUCAAGGCAUGGAUGAGAAGGUCUACCACGAAACCGGCAUGGUCAACCCAACACUGUUGAACGAGUGGGAGCUCAAGGCUCACCAAGUAGCAACUGCCAGUCAUGAUGCUAGAAACGAGAACAAGGGCAAGGUUGACAUUGGAGGUGGGAAGUUUAUGGACCCCCACGAGGUGAACACGAUUGCAGCCAAGAGAGUGAAGCCUGUGUUGGACGACAUCAACGAGAAGGCAGAGGCUGAGCGGGAGCGACUCGCGGCGCUCAAGCUUGAGGAGGAGGCAAAGAAGGCCGAGCAAGAGAAGCAAAAGGCCCGAGAGCGAGAGAUUAAGGAGAUUACCAAGAAACUGAAAGAACAAGAAAAGCAAGAGUACAAGACCAAAAAAGCAGAAGAGAAAGCAGCCAGGGCGGAGGAGAAGCGCCACGCCAAGGAGGAGAAGCGAAGGUCCAGGGGCGAUUCUGUGGUUACAGGCGAAGAGGGCACUGACGAUCAUGCAAGUGCUCGAAGUGAAGAGGCUGGAGGUGUACUUGUGACGGAACCGAUUGAGCAACCUACAACAACGAGGCUUGACACGGAUACGAGCAAUACGGACAACCAGCGCAAAAUGAGUGACUCAGGAAUGUCACCCACCUCCAAGGUCAAGGGGUGGAUCAGGAACCGAUUCUCUCGAGGGAAGUCUCUGGGAGAAAAGGACAGGGAGACCCACGACCACAAGAGGCGCAGCUUCAUCGGAGGUGCUGCUCUUCGGGGAUCGGAUCUGAAUCAUAGUACGACAAGUCUUGAUAACCGGCCGUCGAGCAUGCGAGACGUUGCUCUCGCCGGUCGAAGUGCCCAAGCCGAGACGAGCGACCCGGAACGGAAGGAUUCUCGGGGCGUCAGCCCUGUCAGCACUCUUGAGGAUCUAACAACAGAUAGGACCCGAGAUUUGGCGAUCACUCCGCCUCCAGCGAUCGAGGAUCCGGCAGUGCGGGAGACGCCUAGUCCAUCCCGGGAUUCUCGGUUCAAGGAGAUGAUGGAUCAAUAA